AUGCUUGCAGGUUUGGCAUUCAAGAGAAAAUGGCAGAAUAAGAUGAAAUCUCUUGGUAAACCCUGUGACAAGCCUAACAUUGUCACUGGUGCCAACGUUCAGGUUUGCUGGGAGAAAUUUGCAAGGUAUUUUGAAGUGGAGUUAAAGGAGGUCAAACUGAGAGACGGUUACUAUGUGAUGGACCCUGAGAAAGCUGUGGAAAUGGUGGAUGAAAACACAAUUUGUGUUGCUGCAAUCUUGGGUUCUACUCUUAAUGGAGAAUUCGAAGAUGUUAAGACCUUGAACAACCUUUUGAUGAAAAAGAAUCAAGAAACAGGGUGGGACACACCAAUUCAUGUGGAUGCAGCAAGUGGUGGGUUCAUUGCACCCUUUCUCUACCCAGAACUUGAGUGGGAUUUCAGGUUGCCACUAGUGAAGAGUAUUAAUGUGAGUGGGCACAAGUAUGGACUUGUGUAUGCUGGAAUUGGAUGGGCAAUUUGGAGGAACAAGGAGGACUUGCCUGAAGAACUCAUCUUCCACAUUAACUACCUUGGAGCUGAUCAACCCACUUUCACACUCAACUUUUCUAAAGGUUCUAGUCAAGUAAUUGCUCAGUACUAUCAGCUCAUUCGCUUGGGUUAUGAGGGGUACAAGAACAUCAUGGAAAAUUGUCAAGAUAAUGCAAUGGUACUCAAGGCUGGCUUGGAGAAAACAGGGCGCUUUAACAUUGUAUCAAAAGACAAUGGAGUCCCAUUGGUGGCAUUUUCUCUCAAAGACAAUAGGCGUCACACCGAGUUCGAGGUGUCUGACGUGCUUCGCCGCUUCGGGUGGAUCGUCCCCGCCUAUACUAUGCCACCGGACGCACAACAUGUAACAGUUCUUCGAGUUGUUAUACGCGAAGAUUUUUCAAGGACUCUGGCUGAGCGCCUUGUCUUGGACAUUCAAAAGGUUUUACACGAGCUCGAUAUGCUCCCGGCUAGAGUUAGUGAUAAAAUGGCUGCCACUGAAGAGCAUGCCCGGAAUGGUAUCGUGGUGAAGAAAACUGACAUCGAGGUACAAAGAGAGAUCACUACAGCUUGGAUGAAAUUUGUUUCUGACAAGAAGAAGACUAAUGGGGUGUGUUAA